CGGAUAUCAAUAAAAUUUAAGAACCGGUCCGUGAGAUCAGAUCUAGGAUCCCGAGCAGUGACACUGAAACGCGAAACGAGCUCUCUCAAGGUACAUUUGAACUCUUCCAACAAUGUCUCAUGAUUCUUGUCCCUUGGUAAAGAACAUUCUUCUUCUAGACUCUGAAGGAAAGCGUGUGGCUGUCAAGUAUUACUCGGAUGACUGGCAAACUAAUGCCGCCAAGUUAAGUUUUGAGAAAUACGUAUUCUCAAAGACCUCUAAGACCAAUGCUCGCACAGAAGCUGAGAUCACACUGUUGGACAACAAUAUUAUUGUCUAUAAGUUUGCCCAGGACCUUCACUUCUUUGUUACUGGAGGUGAAAAUGAAAACGAGCUCAUUUUAGCUUCUGUUCUUCAAGGCUUUUUUGAUGCUGUUGCACUUCUCUUGAGGAACAAUGUGGAAAAGAUGGAAGCCCUCGAGAACUUGGAUCUCAUCUUUCUAUGCCUUGAUGAAAUGGUCGAUCAGGGGGUGGUUCUUGAAACGGAUCCAAACGUCAUUGCGGGGAAAGUAGCAAUGCAGAGCACAGAAGCUAGUGGUUCACUCUCUGAACAGACACUGACUCAAGCGCUAGCAACAGCUCGGGAGCAUCUGGCGAGAAGUCUGCUUACAUGAGUUUAAUCAUGGCCACACAUAAUUGAAGAAUGGACAUCAAUCAUUCUUCAAUUUCUUUGAUGAGCAACUUUUAUGAGUGAGUCUUCCGGUUUGAAAGUCUCUAAUAAUUGAAUUCUGCAUGCAUACUCUUAAAGUUUGGUAGUAGAGGUUUGAUUUUAUAUAUAUAUAUAUAUAGCUUUGUGCAAUGCUGGAAUUGUUUUUGGAGAGUGGAAUAUUAUUACUCUAAUUAAAGUCUAAAUACUAAGCAAUUCACGAA